AUGGUCAACGUCCUCAUAAUCGGAGCCACAGGCUACAUAGGCCAAGCAAUCUGCUCCUCCCUCAUCCGCAGCGGCGACCACCGUGUCUUCGGGCUAGCAAGAACUCCUGCCAAGGCCAAAGAACUCGGAAAAGAAGAAGUAAUUCCAAUCCUAGGCUCUAUUGCUGAGAACGCCGAACUCCUAAAAACCAUCGACGCCGAGCACAUCAACAUCGUAGUCGACGCCGCCGGUGCGAAUCAAGAAUCACAUGUUCUCCUCGAGGCUCUGAAGAAAAUCGGCGCUGCUCGACUAGAAGCUGCGUCAAAAUCUGGGAUCACAAUCCCUAAACUUGGAUUUAUCUAUUGUUCUGGAACGUGGUUGCAUGGAAUUUCGAACAAGCCAGUUAAUGACUUGAUUCCUGUUGCAGCAUUUAAUUCUCCAAAUGCCCCGGCGGAACUUACAUCUUGGAGACCAGCGCUGGAGAAUGCAAUUCUGGCUGCGCGAGAUGUGCUUGAUGUUAUCAUUAUCAGACCGGCACUAGUUUAUGGAAGGUCUGGUGCUAUUUGGUCGGCAUUUUUUAACCCAAUACUUGAGGCCGUAAAGAAGGAUACAGAUUCUGUGGCGAUACCGUUGGAUGCGAAUAGCCGACCAGGUCUUGUACAUGUUGAUGAUGUAGCUUCUGGGUUCCAUGCUGCGGUUGAAAAGCUCCCGUUGAUUUCUGGAACAGGCGUGUAUCCUAUCUUUGAUCUGGUUACCAGUCAGGAAAGCAUGAGAGAUAUCAUCGAGUUUGCAGCCAAGGAGUUGGGAUAUAAGGGGAAAGUCGAGCUUGUCGGACCUGGUGAAGACUUAUUUGCUAAAGCCAUGUCUACGAGUAUGAACGGAAGUUCUGGGAGGGCUAAGCAGCUUCUGGGUUGGGAACCCAAGAGAGUCAGUGGGUUCGUUCAGGGUAUGGAUGCUUUUGCGAAAGCUUUCAUGGCUGCUUCUUAG